CUGCAGCAGAUCGUCAAAGGUAGACGACCAACUGCUGUCUUCAAAUAAGAAAUGAGAUGUAAUGCAUCCUGCAGUCCAUGCAUGCCUCCUCUUGCAAAUCGCGCAUCAUUCCUCCCUGGAAACCUUUAAGUCCUAAAAUCGAGGAAAAGAGAAUAAAAACAUUAUCAUGGACCUGAGGGAUUUUUACCUGUUGACUGCUUUGAUUGCCUGUUUAAGGCUGGAUUCUGCUAUAGCUCAAGAACUUAUUUACACUAUUAGAGAGGAACUGCCUGAAAACGUACCCAUAGGGAACAUACCAAAGGACCUGAACAUUUCUCACAUAAAUGCUGCCACGGGGACCAGUGCCAGCCUUGUCUACAGACUGGUGUCUAAAGCAGGGGAUGCCCCUCUGGUCAAAGUAUCCAGUAACACUGGGGAAAUCUUUACGACAUCUAACAGAAUAGACCGAGAAAAACUCUGUGCUGGAGCUUCCUAUGCAGAAGAAAACGAGUGUUUUUUUGAACUUGAGGUGGUGAUUCUCCCCAAUGACUUUUUUAGGCUUAUCAAAAUAAAAAUCAUUGUAAAGGAUACUAAUGACAAUGCACCUAUGUUUCCAUCCCCUGUCAUCAAUAUCUCCAUCCCAGAAAACACUCUGAUCAACAGUCGCUUUCCAAUCCCAUCAGCAACAGAUCCUGACACAGGUUUCAACGGCGUGCAGCACUACGAGUUGUUAAACGGGCAGAGUGUCUUUGGACUGGAUAUUGUAGAAACUCCAGAAGGAGAGAAAUGGCCUCAGCUGAUUGUGCAGCAGAACUUGGACAGAGAACAAAAGGACACCUACGUGAUGAAAAUCAAGGUGGAGGAUGGAGGUACCCCCCAGAAAUCCAGCACAGCCAUCCUACAAGUCACAGUAAGUGAUGUCAAUGAUAACAGGCCAGUGUUUAAAGAGAGUCAAGUAGAGGUUCAUAUACCAGAGAAUGCCCCUGUAGGCACUUCUGUAAUUCAGCUUCAUGCUACAGAUGCAGAUAUAGGAAGCAAUGCAGAAAUCAGAUACAUUUUUGGUGCCCAAGUCGCCCCUGCAACCAAAAGAUUUUUUGCUUUAAACAACACCACAGGGCUGAUUACAGUUCAGAGGUCCUUAGAUCGAGAAGAGACUGCUAUUCACAAAGUGACAGUGCUGGCUAGUGAUGGUAGCUCUACACCGGCCCGGGCAACCGUUACCAUCAAUGUCACUGAUGUAAACGAUAACCCUCCUAACAUAGACCUCAGGUACAUAAUAAGUCCCAUCAAUGGCACAGUGUACUUAUCUGAGAAAGAUCCCAUCAAUACAAAGAUUGCCCUAAUUACAGUUUCAGAUAAGGACACUGAUGUGAACGGCAAAGUGAUCUGUUUCAUUGAGAGAGAGGUCCCCUUCCACUUGAAGGCAGUAUAUGACAACCAGUAUUUGUUAGAGACCUCUUCCUUGUUGGACUAUGAGGGCACCAAAGAAUUCAGCUUUAAAAUUGUUGCUUCUGAUUCUGGUAAGCCCAGUUUGAACCAGACUGCCCUGGUAAGAGUUAAACUGGAGGAUGAAAAUGACAACCCUCCGAUUUUCAGCCAGCCUGUAAUUGAGCUGUCAGUUUCGGAAAACAACCGUCGUGGUCUAUACUUAACAACUAUUAGUGCCACAGAUGAAGACAGUGGGAAAAAUGCAGACAUUGUUUAUCAGCUUGGCCCUAAUGCCUCCUUUUUCGAUCUGGAUCGAAAGACGGGAGUUUUGACAGCCUCCAGAGUUUUUGAUAGAGAAGAGCAGGAACGUUUCAUUUUCACUGUUACGGCCCGAGACAAUGGCACCCCUCCUUUGCAGAGUCAAGCAGCUGUAAUUGUUACUGUGUUGGAUGAAAAUGACAACAGUCCCAAAUUUACUCAUAAUCACUUCCAGUUUUUUGUGUCAGAGAACUUACCAAAGUAUAGCACAGUGGGGGUGAUCACGGUGACCGAUGCAGAUGCUGGGGAAAAUAAAGCAGUGACCCUCUCCAUCCUGAAUGACAAUGAAAACUUUGUGCUGGAUCCAUACUCUGGAGUUAUAAAGUCCAAUGUCUCUUUUGAUCGAGAGCAGCAGAGCUCCUACACCUUUGAUGUUAAGGCGGUGGAUGGAGGGCAACCUCCUCGCUCUUCUACAGCGAAAGUAACCAUAAACGUCAUGGAUGUUAAUGAUAACAGCCCCGUUGUCAUCUACCCACCUUCUAAUACUUCUUUUAAACUAGUGCCACUCUCAGCAAUUCCAGGAUCGGUUGUAGCCGAAGUCUUUGCUGUGGAUAUAGACACUGGCAUGAAUGCCGAGCUGAAGUACACAAUUGUAAGUGGAAAUAACAAGGGCUUGUUUCGGAUUGAUCCGGUGACAGGUAAUAUCACUCUGGAAGAAAAACCAUCGCCGAAUGAUGUGGGGCUGCAUCGCUUAGUUGUCAACAUAAGCGAUUUGGGUUAUCCCAAGUCCCUGCAUACACUCGUGCUUGUGUUUUUGUAUGUAAAUGAUACUGCUGGAAAUGCCUCUUAUAUUUAUGACUUGAUACGCAGGACUAUGGAAACACCUUUGGACCGGAACAUAGGGGACAGUAGCCAACCCUACCAAAACGAGGACUAUCUCACAAUCAUGAUCGCUAUUGUGGCAGGUGCCAUGGUUGUCAUAGUGGUAAUAUUUGUCACAGUUCUCGUUCGCUGUCGACAUGCGUCCAGAUUCAAAGCCGCCCAGAGGAGCAAGCAAGGUGCUGAGUGGAUGUCUCCCAAUCAGGAGAACAAGCAAAACAAGAAAAAGAAAAGGAAGAAAAGGAAAUCUCCAAAGAGCUCUCUUUUGAACUUUGUGACCAUUGAGGAGUCCAAACCUGAUGAUGCAGUUCAUGAACCUAUCAACGGGACAAUAAGCCUUCCAGCAGAGCUGGAGGAGCAAAGUAUAGGAAGAUUUGAUUGGGGCACAGCACCACCAACAACCUUUAAGCCUAACAGUCCUGAUCUCGCCAAGCAUUACAAAUCUGCCUCUCCGCAGUCUGCUUUUCAUCUCAAACCUGACACUCCAGUUUCAGUGAAAAAACACCAUGUGAUUCAGGAACUCCCGUUGGACAACACCUUUGUUGGUGGUUGUGACACCCUUUCCAAACGAAAAAAAAAUCACUUCAGUGCCUCAGAGUGCAGUUCCCAAGGAGGCUUCAAGACAAAGGGCCCCUUACACACCAGACAGGUAAACGAGCACUUUUACUGGUCUAUAAGUACUGCAUACAAGUGCCCAAUCAACCAGUAUUAAAAGUGCCACUGUGUUGUGGGUUGGUAUUUUUUUUUGUUUCAGUCUAAUUUAAUAUAGUGACAUUAUGGGGGGAACAAAAAAA